AUGCAUUAUAAUAAACAGAGGUCGGAGCUCUUACCAGCAAAAGCAGCAAGUGAAGCCGAGAGGGCAGCAGGAGAGAAGGCACUGUGGGCCCGGGUCAGUCUGGGCUGGCUGCUCCCACAAGACAAGGAGGUCAGGAGACACAGAGGGAGGAUGGAAGGACAGAGGAGACGAGGACAGAGAAGACAAAAAGAGGAGACAAGGAUGGAAGGGGACAAGGACAGAGGAGACCAAGACAGAGGAGACCAAGACAGAGGAGACCAGAACAGAGGAGACAGAGACAGAGGAGACCGAGACAGAGGAGACCAGAACAGAGGAGGCCAAGACAGAGGAGACCAGGACAGAGGAGGCCAGGACAGAGGAGACCAGGACAGAGGAGACCAGGGCAGGAGAUGA